GUCCUGCAACUCAUUCCCAGCACCGCCCAAGAAGCAAACAAACUGCACUGUCCCUCAGGUCACGGUGCACAAGGAGGCAGCGAGAGCGGCGGGGGUCCAGAGUGAGAAGGGGGCAGCAGCGAGUGACGCACUGGCAGACAAGUAGUUACGAGAAACCAGAAUCAUGCCAGUGCCUCCUCCGCCACCUCCUGCACCAGGUAGGGCACCUGCAGCGCCUCCACCACCUGCAUUUUCCCAGGGCCGUUCAGCACCCCCAAAACUGAAGCAGGAGUCAGGAGGGAGAUCUGCAUUACUGUCAGACAUUCACAAAGGGGCACGUUUAAGAAAAGUAACUGAGAUCAAUGACCGGAGUGCUCCCAUUAUCGAGAAUGACAAGAAACAUGGUGGCACAGGAAAUGGUAGGAGUGCAGUGACUCCCCCUACUGGUGGUCUUUUUGCUGGAGGAUUCCCAGUGCUUAAACCUUCAGGUCAGAGAGAUGCAGCAGGAAACAAAAAUGCUCCACAACCUCCAGGGAUGAAAACAAGUUUUCCUAAACAACCAGAUGAAGCACCCAGUAAACCUGAUUUACCAAAGCCACCAAAUUCUUCUCCUACACCAACAAUGGCAUUUAGAGCUCCACCACCACGACCUACUGUCCUUGGCCAUUCUUCACUGGCACCCCCCCCAACUCCAUCACCCAGCAACAAACCUCAGCUUGUGAUGCCAACUUCCCCAUCUCCCACACCUUUCAAAGAAAAAGCCACAAAAACUAUAAUAGCUUCAAGUACUCCUCCACAACCGCCACCACCACCACCACCAAUAAAUUCUCAAGACAAGUCUUCAAGACACCAACGACCUCCAUCUCUUUGUUUCCCCCCUCCACCACCACUUCCUCUUCAUCCACCACCUCCACCACCAGUUGGUUAUGCAGGAAGGAGAAGUCCAUCCCCAACGCCCUCUAAUAUCAGAGAUUAUUCUGCACCUCCCCCACCUCCUCUGCCUCCUGCACAGGCUAGACUGCAAGAAGACUAUUACCCUCCACCACCUGAUAUCAGUGAGCUUCCUCCUCCUCCACCUCCUGCUCCAGUCUCAAUAUCAAUGUCUGCCAGGAGAAGAUUAUCUGAACCAAUGCCACCACCACCAGUCCUUACCACUGACAACAAUAAUCCUCCAGCUCGACCACAAAAGGGUCCUUCAGGGAAACCCAAUGUCCCUAUAUCUGGACAUGGAAGGCCUUACAAAACUGCAGGGAACAGUGGAGGACGGCUGGCUCCUCCUCCUCCACCUCCAAUGAGGUCACCAUCUACAGAACUAUCCAGCAGGCAACAGCCUAAUCUACACCCCCCAAGCAGGAAUUCUAGCCCUGGAAUUGGGCACUCCAUAGAUGACUUUGAAUCUAAAUUCACCUUUCAUUCAGUGGAGGACUUCCCACCGCCAGAACACUUUGAACCAUUUCAACGGAUUUACCCCAGCAAGUGCCCUACUGAACCGUCCGUGCCACCUCCUCAGAGACCUCAGAUAAGAUGAGACAGACCCCGCCAUGACAAGCAAAGCUCAGAGUGAAUGAGGCCUGUUUGGAUUGACUUCAGUUAUUUGGAUACAUAAAGUGUGUAUUGUGCCCAGUGUGUGAUUUUAUGGCUGCAUUUAUACAGCAGCAGCAAAUUAUAUAUACAGACGAUUUCUUGAAGGCAAAUGUAUAUUUAGUAUAAGUAAGAUAAUAGUAGAAAUGAACACAACAUUGUAAAUUAUUACCAAAGUACAUACUUUAUAAUGGCUAGGCAAACAUAUUUACCAGGAGGUUCGUUCCUGGAAUUGUAAAUGUUAUUCUUAUGUGACUUUGCAAUGCAAGGUGAUUGUAUCUAUUACAGAUCCUGCUGGAGGCUUGUACAGA